AUGAAGGAUUUCCCAGAGAUUCGCGGGAAACACCGACCUCGUCCGCCGCACUGGCAGCCCCGCACCACCGCUACGGCGCCCGCCUCCGGGGCCCCCUCUCCCCCCCUCGGCGCGGGCGAUGCCUCUGUCCCCCAGGCGCACGCCGCGGUGGCGGGCGGGCGGGAUACGCGCUCCGGGGGGGGCCGGGGGAUUCCUGCCGCCGCUCCGGCCGUGCCGGGAAACAAGGCUACUGGAGGAGGCGGUGGCGGAGGAGGGAGCCGCAAACGGGCUCAGCCGCAGGAACCCGCGGGCUCCCGCGCAGACGGGGCCCCCCGGAAAGAGCCCGGGCUCCGUCCCGUCGCCCAUCCGCCGUGGCAUCUCCCUACCCAGGCCGUCCGCGCCAUUUUAAACACACACACAGACACGCGCGCGCGCGCACGGGAGCGAGGUUUCCGCUGCCAGAGACAACAGGCAGCGACCGAGCCCGCGCUGCGCAGGCGGAGCAGCGGCAGCAGUGGGAGAGGGACACACACACGCAAGCACACACACCCACGCACCGCGGGCCAGGCAGAAAUGUGCAUUUCAGAAAUACCGGAGCACGGCCCCCGUUUCCUUCCCCCAGCCCCCGCCGCACCCCAGGGGGGUGGAGUGAUUAAUAGGACGUACGCCCUUGGUUUCCCUCCGGCCACCCCGCACACCGCUCCCCGGCGCGGAGCCGCCGCGGCACGCUGGGCGGGGGCGGCCCCCCCACGCAUCCGUCGGGGACGUUGGGAGAUAUUGAUCACGGACGACUUCAUUUUGCAUAACUACGGCUGACAGGGCCUGUGGUUCCCUCAUUUACGGAGCAACAGCUUCGCGGGGCUGAAGGGUAGGGAGCGGCUCCAUCCGCUCCCCCAACACCCCCUCCCUCCCUCCCCCAGCGCCAGCCUCGCAGCCCCGCCGGGGGACGGCGGCUCCGCGCCUCAUGCAGCAAAUGGCCGCGCACAACAGGCAAAUAUUAAACUUAGGUGCCUUCGUCUCUCGUUUUACCUAGCGCAGCCGGCCUGGAAGCCUCUCGCUCCCCGCAGGGCUUUGUCUGCACAGCCACGCGAGGGCCAGGGCCGGGGCACGGGGACCUUCGGCGACCGCAUGCAAGAAAAAGUGCUUGGCAAGUUGGGGGGGUUGUUCCUUUUUUUUUGUUUGUUUUUGUUUUUAAAUUCCCUCCUCCUCCUCCCAACAACAAACAAAUAAACAGCUCGGUUUCUACUGAACAAUGCAUAAAAAUUAGCCUCGCCCCAAAGUUUAUGUCGGGUUUAUGGCGCUAACGUUUCGCCUUAAUGGGAAACGCUUUCCCGAGCACUUCUGGAAAGCGCUGGCGAGCCCUCAGUUACGAAAGCUGCAUUACGAGCACCUCGACUAAACGUCUCCGCAACGUGUCCCGACCUCGCAUCCACCACCUUCUCCAGACCUUUAGAGGAAACGCCUGUCCAGGGUGGGCAGAGCCAGCGCCAAAUACCGCCCGACUCAGUGUGCGGAGAACACCGGGGGCAAAAAAAAAAAGGAAACCCAACAACACACGAAAAAAUAUGAAGAUAAAAAAGGAAAAAAAAAAAAAAUCGGAAGAAAAAGGACAUUAAGGACAUUAAAAGGACAUAAAGUUGCCGGUAGCAGCGGUGCCCCGGCGGAGAGGAGGCAGCGUGGAGGCCGCCACCGGCCCUGCCUUCCCAUCCCGGCCCUGCGCACCGAAACAAAGCAGCGAAUCAACUGCGAUGCAGAUGGGCGGCUAUGAAUUUUUUGCUGCUGCUUAGAGCUUUAAUUACUCGUUCUUGAUCCGUGGGACUACGACACGACACCGCCAAGGUUAAAAUGCCCUGAACAGCUCUGAGCAGAUGUGAACGAGUUGGCAGACGCGCAAAUGAGGUCUGCCUCUAAGCAUGAUAACAAGUGACUAAUACAUUGCAUAUCGCUGAAAGAAAAUUAUUUUUCUCUAAUUUGCAUUAGCUUCUUUUUUUUUUUUUUAACGCCGCCGACAUUCCCUCCUCAGAGGCAGCAGCAUAAUCCUGAAAAUACUGCUCCGUGACUUUAAAAGAUUUGGAAGGAGGCAGCAAUUGCCAGUGUUUUGGCUAUGCAAGUGUUUUGGCUAUGCAGGCUUGUUUAUCUUUCCGCCUUUGCUCCAAGGCGAAACUAGUUUCGCAAGCAGUAUUCUUGCAGAAAAAUGGCACAUGUCAUAUAAAAUACCAGUUUAUAGGAAUUGAUGCUAAAAUUGUUGAAUGACUACUGUUGUAGUUCUGCCACUAAUAGCACAGUGUAAUCCAUAAAGGACUAAGGGGACAGUCAAGGCCAAAAGAGAAAAAAACGUAAUAGAUUGACUGGAGAGAAAUAGAUAAAGACAACCCAUCGACCAAAACGACUAAAAGGGGGGUGAGGGAGGAAUAAACAUCUCCCCUUACCUGCUUUCCACCCCAGAGCCGCCUCGUCAAAAAGACAGUAGUAUGUGGAGGUCACUUACUAUAUGACACACAGAGGUUC